UGCCUGUCCUGUCCCCAGCUUCUGAUGCUGCUACUAAUCCACCGAGUAUCAUCAUCGUCUCCUCCUCCUCCCUGCUAGUGCUGAUUAGACUGCACUAUUGCAGUGGUUUGGGGAUGGAGUCGGCCGCUGGCCUUUCCCUGUUCCUUCGGUUAAAGAACUAACAGCGGUGGGACAAGGAGGAUUGAUGCCAUUGCCCGAUUCUUCUUUCUCUCUACCUCCCUUCUUUCUUCCUCCUCCUUUUAAGCACCUGCUUUCCCUGGCCGUCUUUUCCAUUCCCAUUUGUUUUGGCGGCGGACGCUGCUGCUGCUGCGCCAGCUUGCCUGUGCCCCUUUCGUCUCCCGGGGAGCGAAUAAGCUUAGCUCUUUCGAGAACCGGAGCAGCUGAGCUCCAGCUCCCAGGACAAAGCUGAGCCACGGCGGCAUCCUUUCUCGCUCUGUACAUGGACAGCUCACUGUUCGCGGCAACAGCUCAAGGUUCUCGGAGGUGAGGGGAGAGAAGCCACGGUUUUGGCGAUGGAAAGGGAAUCGAGGUCAGGGGUGCUCUCGGAGACGGGGUCCUGCGCCGGCACGCCGAGGUCGGUUCAAUCAUCUCGCAGCCUCCAGCACCGGUACUCUUCACGGAGCAUUCUGAAGACGCAUGAAGGCGCAUCAGACAUGUUGCCACGAUUCUCCUAUUGCAAGCCUACAACCCACAGAGAUAAGAUGAUCAACAGAAGGCACUCACUUAACUUGCCAGAGCAAUUGCCGGGCCAUUGCUCAAGAAAAACAACAGAACGAACCCAAAAGGCUACCUCAAAGUCCGUUGCAGAUUUAGUUGGGGAGAUUGCAGCUCUUGAGCAGGAAGUCAUACGCAAGGAACUGCAUCUGCUUUCCCUCUAUAGAAGAGCAUUUGAUCAGUAUGUAUCUGAAUCCUGCAGCUUCACAAGUGAGCAGGUGGAUCAAGAAACCCUGAAAAACAUUGACGAGGGCGCACUCCGUUUAAGGAAUAUAAAGCAAUCUGCAGCCUUCAACUUGCCAACCAUCUCAAAUUCUGAGGUACCCAAAUCAGGUGCAAGGCAUUCCAGCCUUGUGAACUUCUUGAGUGCUUCUAUUUCAGAAUAUGUGCCUAAGAUCUCAUGCAAAUUAUCGGAGGACAUUUUGAGCUGUAUUGGUGCUGUCUACUGCAAACUUUCAAGCACACAACCGCAAGAGGCCGAAUGCAUGACUUCACCAAGUCCUUCUGUUUCAUCUUCAAGUACUUUUUCUCCGAGGCGCCGUAAUGACAGUUGGAGCCCUCGGUUCAACUUUGAUAGCCCCCGCCAGUAUGAAUUCCAGAAAGAGAAGAAUGAACAAAACAUAGGCAUGAUUGUCAUUCCUAGGAUACGUAUCGAUGCUGACAAGUUUGAUUAUGCCUCAAAAAUGUUGGAGACUAUCAGGUCCCUGAUACAGCGCCUCGAAAAAGUUGACCCAAUGAAGAUGACACAUGAGGAGCAGCUCUGCUUUUGGAUUAAUAUCCACAAUGCUCUAGUGAUGCAUGCUUUUCUGGCCUAUGGCCUACAUGACAAGCGCAUGAAGAGCACGGACAUGAUUCUGAAGGCUGCGUACAACGUGGGUGGGCAAUCAGUAAACGCUCAGAUUAUUCAGAACUCGAUUCUUGGAUGCCAGUCCCAUCGUCCAUCAUUGUGGGUCCGCGCGCUAUUCACGCCGUCGAAAAGAUCCACGGCAGGGACGGCCAGGCACCCCUACGCCCUCCACCAUUCAGAGCCGAUCGCGCACUUCUCGCUGUCGACCGGGGCAUUUUCAGACCCGCCUGUCCGGCUGUACACGGCAAAGAAGAUCCACCAGCAGCUGGAAGCGGCGCGGACGGAGUUCAUCCAGGGCAGCGUGGUGGUGAGGAAGCAGGCCCUGCUGCUGCCCAAGGUGCUGCACUACUACGCCAGGGACGCCGCGCUGGAGCUGCGGCACCUGGUGGAGCUCGUGUGCGAGAGCAUGCCGGAGGACCAGCGGGAGCGCUGCCCGAGGAGGAGGGCCGACAAGUGCGUCGAGUGGAUGCCGUACAAGUCCUCCUUCAGAUACGUUGUACAUAGGGACCUGGCUGACUAGGCGCCACAGGUGGUGCUGGUGGUGGUCCUGUCUCUUGUGUCCAUUUGGACACCUGCGUCGUGCGUGACAACUUACACAGUGUAAGUAGUGGAGUAGUGGGGUGUGCAUGAGACCGUGUGUGUAGAUACGGGUGUGGCUGUGAAUUGUGAGCAGUUUUGAGUUAGAGCUGGUGGUUCAAACACUGUACUUUUUUUUCUGUGGAUGUGCAUUGAGGAAUUUGGGAUUAAGAUGAUGAACUGA